GUAUAUUUUAUUGUCUGCAUGACCUUUCAAUUUCAAAGCAAAUCCAUGGAUGUAAUUACAAAGUAAUAAAAAAUAUUAAUGUUCCUUUCCCGAAUUUAUUACGAAAUCCUAUAUUUAAAUGUACGGGUCAUAGUCAAAACAGGAUUUAGAAGGAGCCUAUAUUACACUUCCUUGAUCACUUGUUCACAAACAAACACGAUGGUUUUUAGCAUGGAUGGAUAUGUUUUUAACCGUGUCUUGCGUAUUCUGCUAACAUCAUUUGCAAUAUUUGUUUAUUGCUCACCAUAUAUUGAAGCUUUUAACUACGGUGGGUAUGCUGAAUGGAAUCCUUGUUUGGAAAAAAUAAACUGCUCAUGUUUUGAGCAAAAUAAAACAAUUGUGAUGGUGGACUGCUCAGACCGACGUUUGAAAUACGUUCCACAUCUACCUUCCUCUGUGAAAUGGCUCAAUCUGAGAAAAAACUUGAUUAAAAACAUUUCGUCCAAUUCGAAAAAAAUACCACAUUUGAACGUUUCUGACAACGAUGAAUCAGAACGUGCGAACAGACAACCGUUUGAUGGACUUCGCAAUUUACAAUAUCUGGACAUCUCCAGCAACAGUCUGGAAAAUGUGGACCCUGGGGUUUUUAAACCUUUGAAAUCUCUGGUGUCUUUUAAUAUGAAGUAUAAUUCUAAGAAACUGGGAGAAAAUUGGUCAAAUGUCAAAGAAGUGCUUAAUAGUUUUAAAUCAUUAGAGGAACUCAGGAUCGAUGUAAUGGGCAAUAUUUCAUUUGCGGAAGGAUUUCCCGGUCUUAGAAAUCUAUCCCUACUGGAUGUGUCUGGUUUAACGGGAAUUUGUGAAAUGAGAAUAAUUCAACGUGACUUUUUUCUGAAUACUCCAUUUCUUAAACAUCUGGAUAUAUCUUCCUGCAAAAUCAAACAUAUUGAAGAGGGAGCUUUCGGAUACUUAAAGAAUCUGGAAACGCUCCAUAUAUCCUAUAACAAAGAACUGGGAUUUGCAUCGCUUCCAAAUAUCACUUAUUCCGGUUGGAGGGACUAUGAAUUAAACAUGGCGAAAAUUGAAGGUAUAAAGAAUAGAGGAGGACUUGGGCACCUGUUUGUAAUCAUCCUCCCGGAUGCCUUUGAUGUUGAUCGAAAAUGUCCGAAUUCUCUGAAGGACUUAAUCGGACAGGAUUACUUUCUUCGUUAUCCUUAUUCUACUACAGAGGAAGUAGAUACAAUUGAAUUAGAGGAGGAAAUAAAAAGAUACUUUCUGCAUAAGAAUCCAAGAGCGGGGUCUGGAAGUAUAUAUAAAGGACUAGAGGAUGAAAGUCAAGAACCCUUGCUUGUAGCAGACGCGCGGAAUUCAAACGCACGCGAAGUAUCUAUAAAUUCUGAAAACCAGCAAGGGGCAUUACGCUAUCCCUAUGAUGUAUUUAUAUCUUAUGUCGGAGCAAACAGAAAAUUCGUCAUGGAUGAAGUGAAACCGAGAUUGGAGGAGAACGGAUUGAAAGUAUUUAUCCGUGAUAUUGACUUUGAAGCUGGUGAUAAUAAAAUUGACAAUAUCAUGAGAGCUCUAGGGAAAAGCAGCAAAACCAUAUGUAUGGUGUCCAAACCCUACUUAAAAUCUAAAUGGCGAACUUACGAAUUGAAUAUGGCGAAAAUGGAAGGAAUGAAAUCUAGAGGAUCUCUCCGAUAUGUUCAGCUUAUAUUAAUGCCUGAUCUGUUUGAAGAGAGUACUAGUUGUAACACGAAAAUCAGAGAUUUGAUUGACCAGAAAUGUUUCCUUGAAUGCCCACCCAAAGAUUCGUCUCUACAAGAUAUCUUCUGGAGAGAUCUUAUUAGAAAAUUCCUCAUGGAAGAGUUAAAGCCGAGAUUGGAGGAGAACGGAUUGAAAGUAUUUAUCCGUGAUAUUGACUUUGAGGUAGGUGACAACAAAGUUGAAAAUAUAAUGAGAGCUCUUGGGAGAAGCAAGAAAACCAUUUGUGUUGUGUCCAAAUCUUACUUAAAAUCUAAAUGGCGAACUUACGAACUGAAUAUGGCGAAAAUGAAAGGAAUGAAAGCAAGAGGAUCUCUCCGAUAUGUUCAGCUUAUAUUAAUGCCUGAUCUGUUGAAAGAGAGUACAAGUUGUAACACGAAAAUUAGAGACUGAAAUGUUUCCUUGAAUGUCCACCCAAAGAUUCGGUUCUACAAGAUAUAUUCUGGACAGAUCUUAUUAGUACCAUUAAAAGUCAUCGCUGACAGGGUGAUUAGGCAUGCAAUGGACAUUAAUAAUAUUCACCUGCAAUUUUUAAUUUUUAGUAUUAGCCUUCACACUGAUAUCUUAUAGGGUCAUUGACGAAGUUUGACCAGAGUUUGGUGGAUGUAGGUAUUCGGGAAUAUUUGAGCUUUAUAUGUCGGAUGUGACCGGUCGACAGGGAUGCUUACUCCUCCUUGGCGCCUGAUCCCACCUCUCCUUUGUCCAGGGGAUCACGGCGGGCGUGACCGGUGGACAGGGAUGCUUACUCCUCCUAGGCGCCUAAUCCCACCUUUGAAACGGAACAAUGUUUUUCAAAGUGGGGGUUGUAUGAGAAGUUGAAUGUUGUUGUACUAAAACUUGUUGACAAGACAAAAUCCGCAGGUUUCAUUUUCUUAAAUCAUGACAGUGGUUAGGGCGGCAACAGGCUCAUCUUACUGUAAUUCAUUUCAUUGAUACUUUUGAAACUCGUAUUUUUUCUUUUCCAACAUCUGUCGAAUAUAGAAUGGAAGGAAUCACUCAAUAUAUCUUUAUAUAUUUGCAUAUGAAAAUAUCAGAUAAUAAUCAUUGUCAAAACGUGAGCAACGCCUGUCCCUUCCCCUAAAUCUGUGUGCCUGCUACAAAAAUAUUUGUUGUAUUUCAAAAUUAUUCAUAUAUGAGCCUUCAGAUAUGGGAAUAAUCAUGCAAUUUUUUUUUAGACACCUAAUUUGUUUUAUCUGACGUGUAUUUUUAGACACCUAAUUUGUUUUAUCUGUCGUGUAUUUUUAGACACCUAAUUUGUUUUAUCUGACGUGUAUUUUUAGACACCUAAUUUGUUUUAUCUGACGUGUAUUUUUUUUAUGAGCACCAUACAGUAGGACGGUAUCUAGUUUGAACCAUUAAGCAUAAAGAGGGAUGGAAUAUCACGGCAUGUUCAGACAAAAUAUAACAGAUAUCUUUGCUUUAGAUCUGGGUAUGGUUGAAAACAAAUUCAUAAUAGAAUAUUCCACAAUAAAGAGACAUUUAAACCUUUUGAAAAUUAAAAGUAGUGAAGCAUAAUGUUUUGAAUUCUGAUAUUUAUUACGUGAAAUAUAGCUUGAUUUACCUUGGGAAAAAUACCAAGGUGUUAUAUAAAAGUAGUUGUACCGGCAGUUCUGAAUGUGCAAACCAAAACUUUGAUAAAAUUAAUAUUCAAAAAACUUAAUGGGCACUAGAUCAUGUCCGCUUAAAUGCGAAGUUGUUUUUAGCCUGGACUAAAAUAACUUCUUUUCUGUGAAGUUUUGUACCUUAAGAAACGAUCAACAGCAUGUGAAUUUUAUUUGAAAAUUGAUUCAUUUGUAUUAAUUAUAUACAAUAUUCAACACCCUGAAAGUAACAAUGGUUCAUUUAUUGAAAUUUUCAUGACAAAAAAGGACUUAUUUCCUAUUGAAUCUGGGGUUCAACUUUGUGCAAAUUAAUUAGAAAAUUGUUGUAUUAUGUUUUACAUAGAUAAUAAUGUUAUUGUACAUUUCAUAAAAAACAGAUUUCUAAAAACAGUC